UACGUCAUUCAUUGCCAACAGAAUCAGAUUGAUAUUUCAUCGUAUUUGUAUAAGUAUUGAGAAAAUCGUCGGUUUUAACGACGAAACAUAUUGCAAAUAAGUGUGAAACCUUGUGAUAAACUUCCUUUAGUGUUAGUUAAUCUAGUACAAUUUUAUCGAAUUCAAAAUGUUUAUCUGGGAUUGGUUUACUGGCGUCUUGGGAUUUCUGGGCCUGUAUAAAAAAUCUGGAAAGCUGUUAUUCCUGGGGCUGGACAAUGCAGGCAAAACCACACUUCUGCAUAUGUUGAAGGACGACAGAUUGGCACAGCAUGUACCUACACUACAUCCCACGUCCGAGGAGCUGUCGAUAGGCAGCAUGCGCUUCACGACGUUCGACCUGGGCGGGCACCAGCAGGCGCGGCGCGUGUGGCGCGACUACUUCCCCGCGGUGGACGCCAUCGUGUUCCUGGUGGACGCGUGCGACCACAACCGGCUGCACGAGUCCAAGAAAGAGUUGGACUCGCUGCUGACCGAUGAGACGCUCAGCAACUGCCCCGUGCUAAUCCUCGGCAACAAGAUCGACAAACCAGGCGCUGCCAGUGAGGACGAGCUGCGCCAGUUCUUCAACCUCUACCAGCAGACCACCGGCAAGGGCAAGGUGUCGCGGUCGGAGCUGCCGGGGCGGCCGCUGGAGCUCUUCAUGUGCUCGGUGCUGAAGCGGCAGGGCUACGGGGAGGGCUUCCGCUGGCUCGCGCAGUACAUCGACUGAGCGCCCCCCUCCGCGCCGCCUGUCACUGUCACCCGUCGCAUACGUACGCUUCCGUCACCGUCUACUGAUGCGCACCGGUGCCAACCUUGUGAUCGAUCUAAUGCCCUAACUGCUCAUGUACAAUCAAUAAUUGUCUGUUCUGUUCAUGUACAAUCAAUUGCUUGUUCUGUUCACAAUUGAUCAAUUGCUUGUUCUGUUCAUGAUUGAUCAAUUAUCUGUUCUGUUCAUAAUCAAUCUAAUGUCUUAUCUGUUUGUGAUUGAUCAAUUAUCUGUUCUGUUUAUGUACAAUCAAUUGCUUGUUCUGGUCAUGAUCAAUCAAUUAAUUGUUCUGUUCAUGAUCUAUUGUCUAUUCUAUACAUGAUCGAUCUUAUUAUCCUUUCUGUUCAUGAAGAAUCAAAUACCCAUUUGUUUAUUGUAAAAUAUUUGUAAUCUACGGUUUAAUUCAGGAAUGCCCAAACAUGUUGACAUUAUACUUUUAUAUUUUCUAUUGUCUAUUAUAAAUUAAUUAAUUUAAAUAUAAAAUAUCAGUUCUCUAACUUCUUUUAUUUAGUAGAGUGGGUGCUUCACAUAGCCAAUAUUAUUUAAUUUUAUUUUUUUGCUGUUUAAAUACAAGUAUAAUUUAAUUUCAAUAAAGGUGAUUGUUUAAUAAAGAGCAAAUAAACAACAUUGUUAUUCAUGAAGAUGUUGAAAGAAAGUUCACAAAGUUGUGAGAGAAAGUUCCAUAAAAACAUCUCAUUAGUAUACAAAUGAUGUUGCAACCUCAAUAAUUAUGUCAUCAGUAAAAUAGAUGUUUAAGUAAUGUGUUAUCAUCAUAUUGAAAUGAUUAUGCUUUGGCAAUAUCAAAUACCAGUUGUCUAUAAUUCUGUGGCUGACUUGCUUAGAAAUGUUGAUAUUACUUAAAAAAAACUACAAUAAAAUACAAUAUAACAAAGGUUUCUUAACAAUUUACCAUUAGGUCAGGCAACUAGUUGUUUUAUCAGAGGGUUAGUGUUUUGAAACCUCAAAUCGACGUAUUGAACAACCAGUUUUAUAGAUUUUAGUUUUGAUGGGCAUUUCUAAACUGGCUGUAUAGAAUACUUCAAUGAACUAUUAUGCAGUGACGUGCACUGCAUACAUGCAAAAUGCACUGCAUACUCUUAGUAUUGGAGAAGGAAUUUUCCAAUUGGUACAAUUUGUAUUAUGCCUACCCUAGUUAAAUACCUAGUAUACGCCACUGCUAUCUUGGCUUUUUUUUAACUACUAGUAUUUUUUUGAAAAAUGAAAAUUGACUUAGUUCGUUUGGAAACUGACAAUAUGAGAUUGUAUACACAUUGCCCAAUUUCCUAUAAACUAAAAUGCAGACAAAAAUUUAAAUGGCGCCACACAAUUAAUUUUUUUAUUGUCAGUUGCAGAUCUUGUAAACUUUCUGUCUAUAUCGUUACUUUUUGUAAUAUUUUCUUUUGAAAAGGGGAAGAAUAAUGUUUUAGAUUCUUUACCAAGUUCAAAAGAUAUUUUUCUGUAUGUGGAACUUCGUCAUGUUUAUAUUUCAACCUUAAGGUUACUUAUGUAACAUAGGGUGAGUUUUGCUAAUGGCAAAGAUCUUAUCGCUCUCAUUAUCGGGCUGAUAAUGAUAGCGAUAAGAUCAUCAAGAGCCAGCCUAUAGGAGAGAAGAUGUGGAGUGUGGACCCACCUCGCUAUCCCAAUGCGGAUUGGCGAUUGAGUCUAAAUAUUCGGACUUUAUAGAUAAGGGUCAUUUACAAAAUCAUAGAAACGUGUUACUUUCCACUUGAUGUUGCUUGAUUGAAAAAAGUUGUGUUUUAAAAUAUUGUUGGAAACAUGCAAUUUAUAUAGGGUGCUGGGGAGUAGGUAUUUCUCAUAACUCUAGGGAUUCUUUAACGAAAAUUAUUUAAUAAUGUUCAAGGAGCAUGUGUUUUAAAAUAAUAUUUUCGGAGUAAAUAAUUAUUUUGUAGAUUGAUCUUAAAUUGUGUCCUUUAUAUCGCAUCCUUAUAUUAUGACCUAGCCAAACUUCAUUCAUUCAUUGAUAUAAUUAGCUUACUAGUGAAGUGCGGAGUGCCAGUUGCAAUAUCUCGUCGAUAUCGACAGUCUUAACACUGCGAUUACGUAUUUGAAAAUGCAAAUAUAUUUGAAUUACUUUGUAUGAAAACAAAAUGUUUAAAAAAAAAAAUAGUUAAAACAAUAUUAUUUAUGCAGUUCGGCUCCUAUCAGUGGACUCGUGAACACCUUCAAGUUAUGGGAAAUGCUCCCGAGCAUCCUGUAUAUUGACUAACUAAUGCAUUAUGUAUUUUAGCUCGGGUUUAUUUUUAAACAAUAUCAAAGCCUUGUUAGAGUAUUUACUAACUCAUACAUAGCAGUCAUAUCGAGUUGGUGAUGCGCCAAGCGUCGCUAGUCGGCGAACGAAAUCAAAAUCAUUUUUAAAAUAACUUCUUUUAAAUAGCUUUCAUUGUAUUGCGUGUCAAGGUACUAUGGCGGGCGAUCAUUCGUAUAGUAUAACUUUUAUGUAUGUAUGUGCAUAUAUUUAGCCAUCGAAAACUUUAUAACUUUUUUUUUUGGUUUGAUAUAGAAUAUUUUCAGGAUUCAACUUUGUUUUUUCAUAGUUAAACAAUGCUAGUAAAAUGAAUAUAAUAUUAAAGUGUAAAAGACAAAUCACAUGUACAUUAUUAUUUUAAGGUUUCAAUAGAAUAUUGAAUUAUAUAAAAUUUAUUUACUGAAGUUGUGAGGAAUUAUGAGAUGUCCAUCCACGAGCGCAGGUAAAUAUGAAUCACAGGGCUUGCUUUACUCUUCUAUUUGUAAUUGUAAAAGAUUUUGAAUACAGUAGUGCCAAUUACAAAGAAACUAGUGUAAAGGAUACUUGUACUUAUCAAAUUAAUGCUAAUUGAUUACAAGUACCAACUGGCUUCAUUCCAUCAAUAGAGUGGAAGAAUACAGCAGUAUACGUGGUGUGGUAUACUUUAGUGAUUUUCUCAUAGAAGCGUGCGUAUGAUAAAGGGCGUGUAUCACACACGGUGUCUACUAGUGCGCCAGUGGGCGAAAAUUCGUACAGUACGAUGCUAACGUUAUGACAUAUCGGAAAGUCGUGCGUUAAUCUGAGCAAUACAAGAUUUUAGGUAUCAACGGUAAUGCACGGGCGCGGCAACAAGGCAUCACCCCGCGCCCGGCUCUCGCCUUGAUUUACCGAAAGGGGUGUGGAUUUUCAUCCUCCUACUAACAAGUUAGCCCGCUUCCAUCUUAGAUUGCAUCAUCAAUUACCAUCAGGUGAGAUUGUAGUCAAGGGCUAACUUAAAUAAAAAAAAACGCCUGCGCGUAGCGACAUCUGCAACUUAUUUCCGUGACGUCAUAAAGUUAUCAUCAUAUUGUACAUUAAGCGGACUAAGUUGGUUGGUAUCGGUGCAACUGCACUGCCAACGUAUUGCAUUAUUUGCUGGCUCCAUUCAUUAUUUCAGCAUUACUUCCUGUUUACUCCUUUGUAUACCUCUAUUUAUUAUGGUAGUAAUUAUUUUUUUACUGUGUUUCUGUAAAACUUGGGUCAUUGGUGUACGAUUGAAGGUAUAUUUCAAAUAUUUAACGAUUUUUUUUUAUUAUGGUUCUCAUUCCAACUUAAUUGAAUAUUUUGACAUUUUCAAUAUGUAAGCUAAUUUUGUUGUAUAUAUUAUUUAGUAAACGAGACAUUAUAUUUUUGUAAAAUACUUCUCGAUUGUCAUUGUAUUAUCUAAUUACGUUUCGGAAAAUUGUGGGACUCUUCAAAUGGUUUUUAAAAUGAAACGGCUUGUCGAGGCAGUAUUUAAUUUAAUAGGUUGUAAAUCUAUUGACGUGUAUAUCAUUAGAUUAAUUAGGUUAUAGGAUAAAUUAAUUAAUUUGUACCUAUGUCUUAAUUAUUCAGACACCUAAACGUGCUCAUAUUGUCUAUGAAUGAAAAAAAAACGUAUAGUCUCUUGUCGUAGUAUUUCAAUUCAUAGACGCUACAAUAGCAGUGAGAUGUCAGGUAAAACGGGCCAUAUAUAAAAACCAAGUAAAAUUCUUGGAUGAAUAGAAUUAAAAACACCCAACUGUUUAUUGAUUGCCAAUAGAUAUUUAAUGCACAAAAUGAUUUAUCGAAGCGAUACAACUUUACAGAGUUGAAUCCCAGACGAUAAAUGACAAUAGUCAUUGUCUUAUUAUGUUGUAUAAAUUAAUAACAAUAAUAAGGCACUUGAAUAUUGUUUUUAGUAAACGAUAAUUAACUGAAUUAAUGUUAAGUGUUAUUUGUAUAAAUUAAGUAGGUAAAACUAUGAAUUAAAAUGAAAUUAUAAUUGGAGACAAUUGCACUUCUUUUAUGGAAAAAACUCAUUUUUAACCGACUUCCAAAAAGGAGGAGGUUCUACGUUCGGCUGUAUGUAUGUUUUUUUUAUGUAUGUCCAGCGAUAAUUCCGUCAUUUAUGGACCGAUUUUGAAAAUUCUUUUUUUAAAAAUGUAUAUUUUGAAACUGCUAUGACAAGUCGUUUCCAAUCAGUUACAAUCGAAGCUGACAACCUCUUCAGUACAACUUUGAUUGCUCUUUGGUGUUAAUUAAUUUGCUGUUUAAGUCCAAACAAGUUUGUAAUAAAAUUUAUAUCGAAUA